CCUAAAAAGUCUCUUGAUUCUAUUCUUCUGCAAAAUACUUCAAAGAAUGAGGCAUUUACCAUGUCUUCUUGUGCUCUUUUGUUUGUUUGUAAUGGCCACAUCAGCUCAUGCAACAACAAAUAUCCAAGGCAGUGGGGUUGAUGCUCUGUUGAAGUGGAAAUCAAGCCUUGAAAACAAUAGCAAAACUUUGCUUUCUUCAUGGAAUAUUGGUAAUAAUCCUUGUAGUUGGGAAGGAAUAACAUGUGAUGAUGAGUCAAAAUCUAUCUCCAAAAUAAAUCUCACCAAUAUUGGACUAAAAGGUAUGCUACACAAUUUCAAUUUCUCAUCACUUCCGAAAAUUCGCACCUUAAUUUUAAGAAACAACUUAUUUUAUGGAGUUGUUCCACAAAAUAUUGGAGUGAUGUUCAAUCUAAACACUCUUGAUUUAUCUACCAAUAAACUCUCUGGACCAAUUCCUACUACUAUUGGAAAUUUGACAAAACUUAAGACAUUAUCUCUUUUCUCAAAUGAUCUCAGUGGAAAUAUUCCAACAGAAAUGAAUAAGCUUACCAAUUUGGAAACUCUACAGUUGGCUUAUAAUAAUUUCAUAGGUCCCUUACCUCACAACAUUUGUUUUGGUGGAAAGUUAGUUAAGUUAUCCGCUAGCAAUAACCAAUUCACCGGUCCAAUUCCGGAGAGUUUGAAGAAUUGCUCAAGCCUUGUAAGAGUUAGGCUUCAACAAAACAAUCUAACCGACAAUUUAGCCGAUAGUUUUGGUGUGUAUCCAAAUUUAGACUACAUGGAAUUGAGUGAUAAUAAUUUUUAUGGCCAUCUUUCUCCAAACUGGGGAAAAUGCAGGAAUCUCACGAGCCUAAAAAUCUCGAACAAUAACUUAACAGGAAGUAUACCCCCAGAAUUGGCUAAGGCAACUAAAUUACAUAUACUUGACUUGUCUUCGAACCAAAUUACCGGAAAAAUUCCAAUGGAGCUAGGCAAAUUAUCUUCAUUGAUCCAACUAUCAAUAAGUGGUAAUAAUCUUUCAGGAGAAAUUCCUAUACAAAUUUCAUCAUUGCAAGAACUAGUUACCUUGGAGCUUUCAACAAAUAAUUUAAGUGGUUCCAUCCCAAAACAACUUGGAAGGUUGCCAAUGUUAUUGGACUUGAAUUUGAGCCAAAAUAAGUUUGAAGGGAGCAUUCCAAAUGAGAUUGGCCAAUUAAAUGUUAUUCAAAAUCUUGAUCUUAGUAUGAAUUUUUUUGAUGGAACCAUACCAUCAAUGCUUGCACAGUUGAAAUACUUAGAAACAUUGAAUCUCUCGCAUAAUAAUCUUUCUGGUACGAUUCCCGUGAGCUAUAACGAGAUGUUAAGUUUGACAACUGUUGAUAUAUCAUACAACCAAUUGGAGGGUCCGAUUCCAAACAUUCCGGCCUUCAAAAAUGCUCCAAUUGAAGCCCUUAAAAAUAACAAAGGGUUGUGUGGUAAUGUCUCCGGCCUAGAGCUUUGCUCAACAUUAGGUAGCAACUUUCAUAGUCAUAAGACUAACAAAAUUUUGGUGCUAGUUUUACCCCUCACUCUAGGCACUCUAUUGUUAGCAUUAUUUGUUUAUGGGCUCUCAUACAUUUUAUUCCAAACUUUAAGAACAAAAGAACAUAAGCAUGCAGAAGAAAUUCAAACUGAAAAUCUAUUUGCAAUAUGGAGCUUUGAUGGCCAAAUGGUGUAUGAAAACAUUAUCGAAGCCACGGAACAAUUUGACAAAAAACAUCUCAUUGGGGUAGGAGGGCAAGGAAGUGUUUACAAAGCAGAGUUGUCUACAGGACAAGUUAUAGCUGUGAAGAAACUCCAUUUAUUACAUAAUGGAGAAUUGUCGAAUAUUAAAGCUUUUGCAAGUGAGAUCCAAACUUUAACAGAAAUCAGACAUCGAAACAUUGUGAAGUUAUAUGGAUAUUGUUCACAUCCAUUGCACUCAUUUUUGGUUUAUGAGUUCUUGGAGAAGGGUAGUGUCGACAACAUUUUGAAAGACGAUGAAAAAGUAGCCACAUUUGAUUGGAAUAAGAGGGUGAAUGCCAUUAAAGAUGUAGCAAAUGCUUUAUGCUAUAUGCAUCAUGAUUGCUCGCCUUCAAUUGUUCAUCGUGAUAUAUCCAGCAAGAAUGUUGUUUUGGAUUCCGAAUAUGUGGCUCAUGUCUCAGACUUCGGUACAGCUAAGUUUCUUAAUCCAGAUUCUUCUAACUGGACCUCUUUUGUAGGCACUUUUGGAUAUGCUGCUCCAGAACUUGCAUACACAAUGAAAGUAAAUGAAAAGUGUGAUGUGUAUAGUUUUGGAGUGUUAACCAUGGAAAUACUUUUUGGAAAGCAUCCCGGAGAUAUUGUAUCGACUUUGUUGCAAUCAAGUGGUAUAUACCUAACAAUUGAUGCUAUGUCUUUGAUCGAUAAGUUGGAUCAACGCCUCCCUCAUCCUACGAAUGAUAUCCGGAAAGAAGUGGUAUCAAUUAUUAGGAUUGCUACUCAUUGCUUAAAUGAGAGCUCACAUAGUCGCCCUACAAUGAAGCAAGUUUGCAAGGAGAUGAAAAUGUCAAAGUAAUCUAACUUUCAUUCAGAUAUUUGAUGGUAGAGAAUGUAUUGGUCUAUUGGUGGCUUUGUUGUAUGAGUUGGUUUAUUCAUUUUAGCUUCUUUUAAUUUUGUCGAUUUUGAACUAUUUUGUAUCGUACGUGAAUGUCCAUAUGGUCCUCCAAAUCCAAUUUAUAUAACCAUGAAGGCUUUGGCUAACAUAUAGAUUAACGGUUAGUGGUACUAUAAAGAUAAUAUCUCCGUCCCAAAUUAUAAAUUAUUUUCACUGUUUUAUAUAAAUAAAAAAAGUAAUUAAUUA